GGGUUUUUGAGUAAGGAUGAAUUGAAAGGUGGUUUCUUUCAGGUUUCUCUUUCGUUUUCUCUGAAUCCAAACUGUGCCCUUUUCGCGCUUCCUUAAUGCCUAUGUACCGUUGCUUUCCUUUCCUUGACUUCAAAGAGGCGUAUCCUUCCCUGAGAUGCCUCUUCGUGCUUUUGCCGCCAUACUACAAUCGCAUAGAAGAAGCCACAAGAGAUUUGGGAGAGCCCUUUUGAAGCUUUCGAGUCUGGCUCUUAAAUCCGACUCUUUCAUCGAAGAAACCGAUUCAAGCACUUUCGAUUAUGGUGAGCUGCGUCGUAGAAUGCAAGGAAAUGCGGCUUCUGGUGAUUUCCGACAAGCUCUAUCGGAUUUGAAUUUCAUGAAGAACAUCCCUGGGAAACCAACUGUUUACGAUUUCAAUGCUCUGAUUUACCAUUACUCGAAAUCGAAGCACGCGUCGUUGGAUGAAAUGAUGGGCAUUUAUUCAAGGAUGAAGCAAUUCGGUCCCAAACCAUGCGGUUCUACGUUCAACACACUUCUUAGGGCGGCUGUAGUUGUUGUCGGGGACGUUAAUGUCGGUCUGUUCCUCGCGCGAGAGAUGUGCCAAAGUGGGUUCAUGCCUUCAUUCACGGUUUUGUCGAAGAUGUUGAAGAAAUCGAUUAUAGCUAUGAACUUAGUUGAUGCACUUGAAGUGUUCGAGUUUAUGCUCGAGUUGGGUUAUAUCCCCAUGGAACCGACACUGAGUGCUUUGACUUGGCUUCUCUGCGAUUUAGGAAUGACCAGUGAAGCUUGUUUGGUGUUCUCUGCUCUUCUGGGCAAAGGUCACUUCUGUAGUCCGUACACUUAUAAUCCCAUUUUGUGGGCUCUGUGCAAAUCUGAUCGUACUGAUACGGCCUUGCGGCUGUUCUAUUUGAUCAGGAAACUGGGAAUUGUUCAUAACGCUUGUUCUUACACCGCCCUGGUUUAUGGCUUUGGCCUUGCGGGACGCUUGAACGACAUGUAUCAUUGUCUUAACGAGAUGAGAAGUAAUGGGCAAAAGCCGAAUGUGAAGACGUAUACAGUAGUUCUUAAGUCUCUCUAUGACAGUGGCAAUGUCGUUAAAGCGAGGAAGAUAUGGGCCGAAAUGGAGAAAGAUGGGUGUGAAGCAGAUUUGUACUUGUACAAUGUGAUGCUACGGGAGCAAAGUAAAAGGGGGAGUGUUUCGGGUAUUUCCAAGCUCCUUCAGAUUAUGGAUGAGAAGGGCUUUUCUCCGGAUCCUUUCACGUAUGCUGCUCUCGGUGGUGGGUUUCUGAAUAAGGGCAAACAGAAAUGGGUUCUCGAAUUUUUGCUUAACGAGAUAUCAAAAGGGUGUGAGGUUGAUUUGGUCGUUUGUAAUAUAAUCUUACGAUCUCUGUGUCUAGUCAACAGAUCGAAAGAGGCUUUGGAUAUCCUGAACAGAAUGAUAGAAACAGGGGUUAAGCCGAGUAAUGUAUCCUACAACAUCAUACUACAUGGUUUUUGCAGAGAGAACAACCUGGAAGAGGCGGUGGGGCUGUUAGACCGGUUUCAAUGGACCAGCAACGGCUAUGGCCCUGACAUUGUUUCCUUCAACACAUUAUUCUCUGCAGCCUGCAAACAAGGGAACUCUGCUCUGAGACGUAAAGUUCUCUGCCAGAUGGAGCAUCGAGGCGUAGAACUCGAUGUUAUCAGCUAUAGUUCUUGGUUCUGUACGUUUGAGAAAUUCUCGGACUGUCUAAGUCUAUUGGAGAAUAUGACGAGGAAUGGGCCGAAGCCUACGACUGUGACAUUCAACCUGUUGUUGGACAAACUCUGCAAAAACAGGCAGCCUCGACGGGCUUUACUACUUUACAAAUACAUGAGAGAAUCUGGGUUUGUCCCAGACAUUGCAACAUAUAACAUCUUAAUACUCGGGUGCUUAAAACGCGGUUUAAUUUCGAAUGUGAAUCAUUUAGUCCGGGAUAUGUUCAGUCUGGGCCUGAAACCGGAUGCUUUCACAUACGGGGCGUAUAUUAGUGGUCAUUGUAGAGAGGGGAACCAAGAGAAAGUGUUUGAGCAAUGGGCCCUUAUGAAGCAGAACAGUGUUGUGCCCAGAUCAGUGGUUUAUAACCAGACACUGGUGAUGAUGUUGAAGAGAGGCAAUCUUAAUGAUGUUACCGAGUUUCUCAAAGAUAUGGUGAGGAAUAACUCUGGUCCGGAUGAGGUGACUUGCGAUAUUGUGAGGCAAGCUCUGUCGAAGAGUAGGUUAAAGAGCUGUCCUGAGGCAGCCAAGGCACUGGAGGAUGCAGUAUGCUAUGCCCAUGCUAAAUCCAAAUCCUGAACUGACCGAUAGUUCCAGAAUGAUUUCUGGUUUUGUGAUUGAUUCCUGAUCCCGGGUUUCGUGAGAGCAAAAAGCAUUCUUUCGGCAUGGGGUUCAGCCAUGCCAAUUUUAGGGGAGGUGUUAUCCUAAGAGCUUGCUUACCCUUCUUCAAUGGCGAUUGAAUUUGGGACCUGAUGCUCUUUGAAUCACCGAAUCCAGCGUUCAUUUGACUUGCAGUUUGGGUUUCAUUUGGGCAUAACAAGAAGGAUUUCAUCUGAUCCCUUGAACAUUUUUCUUGCCAAAGGCAAUCGUCAGAUGCAAACCUGCGAAUGGAGCUUCUCUCUAUGCUGCCAAAGUUCGAUCAGACAGACCAGUUCCAGGAAAAAAAAAUCAUGAAAACAAAUGCAGUCGCAGCUUUCAGAGACAGCCACUGUGUCUGAUUUUGGCAAAUGCUUUUGCCAAUAAGUUGUUCACUGGCAGAAUCCUUCACUGCAUAUAUGCUCAUGUGCUAUUUUUUAUUUUUUAUUCUUGUUGGCUUCAGAUGCAAUUGAAAUCUGCAUGCUGUAAUAAUGUGAUGUAUUUGGUUGGUGAUUAUAUAAAAUUAGGACAUAAGAUAAUAAAUAAAAUCCAUAAAUUUCAUCGUGA